UUCCACCACUGUUAGAAACGGACUACCUGUGUGUUGUGUGGCUGUGUCUCGACCCUCUGUCAAGUCUUCCCAAAUACGCUAAAAGCGGAUGUUGUGUCCACUCGGCGCACUUCCGGGUAGCUCAGCUAGCUAGUCCGACAAACCGACCAACUUGUGACAAUGACAGCACCAGCAUAGCUGUCUGAGCUUCCCGAAAAUGAGGGGCGUACUGUUAAUUAUCUUUCUGGCUCCUUGUUGGGUCAAAUGCGCAAUUAAGUCAAGAGUUACAACGGAGGAGAAUCACGAAGAAAACCCGGAGUUGGAUGAACUGAACUCCCUCCUGUCAGAUUUUGAAGUCCUUCCAGUGUCAGGCCUCCAGCUGCACUCUGUUAGGAAGAGGGACGUCCACACCCAGUCCCACCUGGAGCGGCUGGUGAGCUUCAGAGCCCUGCAGAGACAAUUUAAGCUUUACUUGACCACCAACACGGGCCUUUUCACGGACGACUUCAAAGCUGUGUUUGUCGAUAAACGUGGGAGGGAGAAUAACUUCGAUGUUCAACUUCAGAACUAUUUCACCGGACAUGUUAUUGGAGAGGAGAAUUCACGUGUGCAGGCGCACAUAGAUGGAGAUGAGUUUUCUGCUCACAUUCUGACAGAUGAAGCAGAGUACAAUGUAGAGCCCCUGUGGAGGUUUACAAACUCCCCAGUCGAUGGCAGGUUGCUUGUUUAUCGCUCAGAAGACAUCAGGAAUCUGAGCCGCAUCGCCUCCCCUAAAGUAUGUGGAUACGUCCAUGCAGAGGCGAAGGACCUGCUGCCACAAACUGCCAGGAGGUAUUCAGAGGUGGAGCAGGAAAAGGAGAACCAUCACAGAGAGAAGAGACAGGUUCAUGAUCACAAGAAGAACACAUGCCCCCUGUUGCUGGUUGCUGAUUACCGCUUUUUCGAACACAUGGGCCGCGGACAGGAGAGCGUCACACUCAACUACCUGAUUGAGCUGAUUGAUCGAGUUGAUGACAUUUAUAGGAACACAACUUGGGACGAUGAAUUCAAAGGCUACGGGGUCCAGAUCGCACAGAUCAUCAUCAACAAGGAAGCCACAAAGCCUCCUAGCCAUUCUGACAAAAACUGGGCCCAUUAUAACAUGAAAAACAGCCCAACUGGAAGGGAGGUCUGGGACGUGAAGAAACUUCUAGAGCAAUUCAGCUCAGACAUCGCUGACAACGCCUCCACUGUGUGUCUGGCCCACCUGUUCACCUAUCAGGACUUCGAUGAGGGCACACUGGGGCUGGCCUACGUGGCUCCCUCCAAACCUCAGGCCCUGGGUGGCCUCUGCCCAAAACCGUACUACCCACAUCACUCCAUAAAGAAGCCCAGUUACCUCAACACAGGCCUGACCAGCACCAAGAACUACGGCAAGACCAUCUUAACAAAGGAGGCAGAUUUGGUGACGACCCACGAGCUCGGCCAUAACUUUGGAGCAGAGCACGAUCCUGACAACAUACCUUACUGUGCUCCCAGUGAUGACCAUGGGGGAAAGUUUGUCAUGUACCCUAUCGCUGUUAGCGGAGACCAUGUCAACAACAAGCGUUUCUCCAACUGCAGCAAGAUCUCUGUUGGAAAGACGUUACGUUUCAAGGCUCCUGUGUGCUUCAAGGAGAGGAACAGCAAGGUAUGUGGGAACUCCAGAGUGGAGGAGGGGGAGGAGUGCGACCCAGGGCUCCUCCACAUCAACGACGACCCUUGCUGCUCAUCGGACUGCAAAUUCAAACGUAAUGCACAGUGCAGUGACAGAAACAGCCCUUGCUGUAGGAAUUGCAUGUUUGAGCAGGCAGGAACAAGGUGCCAGGAAGCCAUCAAUGCUACCUGUAAAGGCAUAUCCUCUUGCACAGGCAACAGCAGUCAGUGUCCACCUCCUGCAAACGCUGCUGACAACACAACGUGUGUAGACAACGGCAAGUGCCACAAUGGGGAGUGCAACCCUUUCUGUGAGGCCAUGCAGAACCUCCAGUCCUGUGCCUGCAACGAGACAGAGCACUCUUGUAAAGUGUGCUGCAGGGGACAAGAUGGCACCUGCUCUCCCUUUGUCCAGGAUAAUGGCAGUUUUCUUUUCCUUCGCAAAGGCAAACCCUGCACUGUGGGCUUUUGUGACGAGGGUGGAAAGUGCAUGAAGCAGGUACAGGACGUUAUCGAGAGGUUGUGGGAUUUCAUCGACAAGCUGGACAUUAACACAUUUGGGAAAUUCCUGGCUGAUAACAUAGUGGGCUCUGUCGUGGUGUUUUCCCUCAUAUUUUGGAUUCCUCUCAGCAUCCUUGUUCACUGUGUGGACAAACGACUUGACCAGCAGUAUGAGGAGAAGUGCUUCUACUACCCUCCGAGUAGUCAAGAAAUGCUGAGCAACCUCGAGUCAGCAUCCGUGCGCAUCGUCAAGCCUCAUCAGCCUCCCUCCUUCUCCGCCGGCCGGACCGCGCCCUCCUCCCUGCCCCAUCAGUCUCAGCAGCAGAGCCAGGUCGGGUCAACCUCCGCAGCCAGCAGCGCCAGCAGCAGUACCCAGGCCCCCGGUCCGAGCUGCGGCCUUACCCCGGACAGCGCAGGGGGGCUGCGGAUGGCCACCAUCCAGGAGGACAUCAGCAUCGACUCUCACCCGGGAGAGGAGGGCCUGUCGGACGAUUUCACAACCGCAGGAGCCUGCUCGUCGGGUAUGAAAUCCUCCUACGAGGAUCUGACAGAACAGAACCAGCCAGCCAAGGAGCGGCGGCGCCUCAAGAGGCAGGAGUGCAUUGACACGAAAGAGACAGAGUGCUGAGAGCAAACGACCAGUACAGAUAUGUGUUUUAGGGAACAUUACAUACAUUCUUCUUAUCGCAAAUCACAGUAAGUGUCGAACAGUAAAAGCCUCAUGUUUAAAAACAUUUCAACCAGCAUUAGAUGUAGAUAUUAUUCCGUCAGCUAGUACUUGGAGUAAACCACCACACUGACAAGACAUGAAUUAUCUUUAAAAAAAAAAGAAAAAAAAAAAAAAAAAGAGUGAAUUCAUGUUAAGGCGUGCCCGUGGUGCCUUUGUCAGUUAGGUGGUGGGGGUCCUGGCAGAUCUGAGUAUGCCUGUGGAAACUAAUCUACCGCAGUCUGGUUGCCCAAACACAGAAUAUUCUAAAUAAAAUAUCAUUUUUUUAAUAACCCAGUGGCUAACGGUUUCUAUUUCUUUUUUCAGGAACAAAAAAUAUCAGUGAUCUUAGCCAGUGUCGUGUUUAAAAAAAGAAAAAGUGUCAUGUUAACAGCUUCAGCCUCACAUUUCCCCUCUAAAUUCUAGUGCACAGACCAAGUGCUCCACUAGCUGUUCACACGUGAGUGAUGUAACAUAUUAGUGAUGUUGUGUGUGUGUGGUUAUUUUCCUGUGAAAAGGAAACAUUUCAUUGUGAUAUAUUAAACAGCAGAUGCUGAACUUUAUCCGAAAAAUUACCUGAAUCUGUCAUAACUGCACUUGAAGUAUUUUUCACAUCACUGGAGGAAUGAAAUAAGUCGUAGACAAGUUCUUACUGUGCUGUGUCUUCAAAGGUUUCUUGUAAAAAAAGAAAAAAUUAAAAAUGCAGGCUUGUAUAUUUUGACCCCUUUGUACUGAGGAUGCAACAUUAUGAAUCAUGUGCACAGCAGUUUCCAUCAGUGUUACAUUUGUUGUUUGAUUUUUUUGUCAUGUCUUCUUUUCCCACUUCACCUCUGUACAAAAAACAUGGUGCCUUUUCAGAUUUUGUGCCUAUCCUUCAUGAGCAAAAGGACAAGAAAAUUCCCAGUAGUUGAGCAUGAGUCUGGACAAUCCUGAAUUUGAUUUUGAAACAAGACUGAGGUGCUCAAAUGUUAUUUUUCCACUUGGUUUUCUGUCCUCGUGCCAUCUUGACUCAUGCACCUCUUUAUUUAAUGCCGUCUCACCACUGUUGCCUGCUGUCUCACAUGUGGGAAUUGUGAAAUAUGUAUUUAGACUGUCAAUUUAACUGUGUAGCUAACUGACUCUUCUGGAUGGAUGUGAACUGUUACGCAACAAUCAGAUUUCAU